AUUGCCGGGGCUGGGUGGGGGCGGCGGGCCGUGCGUGCGCAGGCGCAGACGUACAAGGGAGCGCCGAGCGGUCGAUCCGGGGCGCGCACCGCGGCGCCGUGUCCCCGACCGGCCGAGUCGGCCCAGGGCGCAGAACCAGACAUGAGGCAGGAGGAAGUGAGAGCAGUUUACCGAGUGUGUAAGUGAGAGGCCGUACGGAGCCUCUGGGAAACUCAGACAGGCGAGAAGAGUGAGUCUCUGUGCUUGUGUCUGAAGUUUUACUGAGGACUGGGGUCUGCUGUUUAUCUCCUCUCAGGUAUCCAGGAACCGCCUAGAACAAAGGUCUUUGCUGUGGCCACCGGAGCCUGCAGGAUGUUUCAUGGGAUCCCAGCCACUCCGGGCAUCGGAGCGCCUGGAAACAAGCCGGAGCUCUACGAGGAAGUGAAGCUGUACAAGAAUGCCCGGGAGCGGGAGAAGUACGACAACAUGGCCGAGCUGUUCGCCGUAGUGAAGACCGUGCAGGCCCUGGAGAAGGCGUACAUCAAGGACUGCGUCACCCCCAACGAAUACACCGCCGCGUGUUCCCGGCUCUUGGUCCAGUACAAAGCCGCCUUCCGGCAGGUUCAGGGCGCAGAAAUCAGCUCCAUUGAUGAAUUCUGCCGCAAGUUCCGUCUGGACUGCCCGCUCGCCAUGGAGAGGAUCCGGGAGGACCGGCCCAUCACCAUUAAGGACGACAAGGGCAACUUGAACCGCUGCAUCGCGGAUGUGGUCUCGCUCUUCAUCACAGUGAUGGACAAGCUGCGCCUGGAGAUCCGUGCCAUGGACGAGAUCCAGCCUGACCUGCGGGAGCUGAUGGAGACCAUGCAUCGCAUGAGCCACCUGCCCCCGGACUUCGAGGGCCGCCAGACUGUGAGCCAGUGGCUGCAGACCCUGAGCGGCAUGUCGGCCUCCGACGAGCUGGACGAUUCCCAGGUGCGCCAGAUGCUCUUCGACCUGGAGUCGGCCUACAACGCCUUCAACCGCUUCCUGCACGCCUGAGCCGCCCGGCCCGGGGUCCCCGGGAGGGCUCUGCAGCACGCCGCGUGCCUGUCCCCCGGAUAGUCCUCCUGUGUCCUGCCACCCACAGUGGCUCCAUCUGGAUGCCCGUCCCGGUGUCUCAACCCUGUCUCCUCCCACCCUCCCUACAAUAAAGACCCUUUCUGACCGCC